AUGGCGUCUGCUUCAGGUGUCUCCAUCGACAGGGAAUGCAUCGUAGCAGCCAGUGCUCUACACUUCAACUCUGGUAAUAAAGUCAAUUUUGUUAUUUUCAAAAUCACCAAUGACGAGCAGAAAGUUGUGCUUGAAGAAACUGGGUUCGAAACGGAUUACGAAAUCUUUCGACAGAAACUCCUUUCGACUGUUGAUGGGUCGGGAAAGUCUGAACCGCGAUAUGCAAUCUACGAUGUAGACUAUAACCUUGGAGAGGAUGGAAAACGAACCAAAACGGUCUUUAUCUCGUGGGUCCCACAGAACUCGCCUAUCAAGCUUCGCAUGCUUUACGCCAGCACUAUGGAAUCUCUGAAAAAGGCACUUAACAUUGGUAUUUUCAUCCAUGCAGAUGGCCACGAAGAUAUUGAAUGGCCAGAACUGAUUAAGGUAGCAAGUGGUGGCAAGGCCAAGAAGUAA